UUCGACGAAGUUUGGCCGUUUUAGUUAAGUUCAUUCUUUUUUGUGUCAACAGUUUUGAAAUAUUUGCAGAAAUAUGUUUAAGUUUGUGUUACUCAUCUGCGUUGCCACUUGUGCACAACUCUCGCUAGCGCGUCCAGACGUUAGCCUUGGCUAUCAAUACCGUCCCGGCUACAGCAGUUCAGCUGGCAACUUUCUGCAGACACCACACACCACAGGCGACAGCUACUUUAGCGCAGUGCCUGCCUUCACAAGUAGUAGCCUUGGUGGUGGCUAUGGAGGUGCUGUUGGCAGCGGUGGAAGUGUUGGUAUUGGUGGCGUUUCAACAUCUACCUACCCCUCCUCCCCCUCGUCCUCGGCAUACAACACAGGCUUUGGUGGCCUCUCCGGCAGUUUUGGUGGCACUGGAGUUUUCUCCGGCAGUGCAAACGCAGGCAAUGGCUAUCAGUCGGAUUACAACUCUGGCAAUGUGCAUUACUCACACCAAUCAUCAAACUUUGUUGGGCGCGCACCAAUCGUGAGUAAACACUUUUGGUUACACUCUGCGCCGGAGGAUCAUGAUGAACAACAAAUUGUGCGUUAUAUAAAUGUGGGACAACCACGUAAGAACUAUCAUGUUGUCUUCAUCAAUACACCCUCAUCGAAUGUGAAUAAGGCGAAAAUUAUUGCGAAUAUUGCGCCCGUCGAGGAUAAGACGGCGAUUUAUGUUUUGGCCAAGAAAUCGAAUGCUUUGGAUGUUACGGCUGAGGUGGCAACACCCACGCCAAUUGUCAACAAGCCGGAAGUGUUCUUUGUUAAGUACAAAACAGCUGAGGAGGCGGUACAUGCACAACAUACCAUACAGGCUCAAUACGACGCUUUGGGUGGCUCUAGUGAAGUCUCCAAUGAAGGUGCUAUUCCUAUAUCUUCAGCGAUUGGCAGUUUAGGGGGUUCACUUGGCGGUGGCGAUGUUAAUGCCGGAGACUCACAUGCAGUACAUAAUGGUGCACCCAUUUCAGUGGUGCCCAGUGAUUCCAAGGUUGGCUCUAGUCAAAAUUAUUUACCACCAAAUCAUAAAUAGGAAAAUUGUGAAAGCUUUCCUUUUGAAUUGUGUAAGCUCGAUGAGAAAAACAAAGCUUUACUUGCACAUG